AACUGGCCAAGCACCAUGGCAGAGAGGUUCCCUCUCCAGGUGACAGUGUUGAAGGUGGCCAGCGUGAGCUUCGCUGCCCUCGCCAGGCCAGCCCUGGGAGCUCCCUGGGAGCUGCCCUGUGUCCCAGGGCUGCCACUGUACUCUGGCCCUGUCCAGCUCCACACCAGCACCCACCAGUUGGUCCCAGCCACCGUCAGGCAGGAGGUCCCAGGGCCUCUGGGGGCCCCGGGGCAGGUGUUGUCACUUUCCCCUGUGGUGCAGCUUCCCUGGCCAGUGCAGCUGCCUCCCUGUCCUUCUGCCUAUGGUUGGGGACAGCAGCUGGUGACGGGGGCGUUUCUGCCCCACCAGCCAAGGGCUGUGGUCCAGGGAGAGCCCCUGUACCCCAUGGGCUCUGGUGUGCUGUGUGUCCACCACCGACCUGCCCUGGCAGGCAGAACCACGAUGGAGCCCGAAGUGGUUACCACCCCUGGUCCAAGGAAGCCCACGGACCUGCCUGAGGAGGGACCAGCCACCAGCACAGAGGCCAUUCCUGAGCAGGCAGAGGACAUCACCCACCACCACCUGCUCACCCAGCCUGAAACCCCAGCGGGUGAGGACACCAUUGUCAAUGCCCCCAACAGCCCCACCUUGAGUGACCUCCUGGACGACCUCUUUGAGUACCUGGCGGACAGCGGGUGCCCUGGGGAACAAGUGGAGGUGGCUCAAGAGGACAGCGAGGACACCACCUUGGCCGCCAACGCCCCCAGCCUGACCGCUGAGGACCUCGAUGAGCUCCUCGAGUUCUGUGAAUGCCUGCUGGAAGACGACUGUCCCAAGAAGCCAGCAAUGGAGGCACAGCAAAGGAACAGCGAGGAUGCUGUACCCACCACCCCCAAUUUGACCCCCUCCCUCAGCCCACUCAGUGACCCCCGGCCUCCCUUGCCCCGCAUGGCCCAGCUGGGGGAGGAGACAAUGCAGAAGCAGCCCCAGGUUGCUAAGAACCACUUGCAGCUGCCACCAGGCAUCACCACCAUCCAGGUGGACCCCAAAACAGGAGAGGUGGAAGCAGCCAGGCCCCGUGCUCGGCGCCAGCCAGCACCUCCACGGAACAAGGGACCUCCCCGCAGGGCCACAUCCCGGCCGAGAAAAAGACGACGACAGCGGUGACGCAGCACCCAGACCAGAAGACACCCUGAGCCAGUGACCUGCAUCCAGGCCCUCAGGCCCAACCCUCUCCCACAUCCCUCAUUCUUCUUUAGUUCAUUAAAGAGUGGUUUUGCA